AUGCAUGUUAUUUCUUGGAAGACUGUUACUACUCCAAAAUGUAUGGGUGGUUUAGGUAUUCCAUCUUUUGAAGCUCUUUAUCAUGCGGUUGCCUGUUCUUUCAUUCUCCGUAUGUAUAAUGUGAACUCUCUGACAAGUCAUUGGUGUUUUGAAAUGUAUGAAUCACCUUGGAAGCCCCCUUCUCCUUCUGCUUCUAAAUUUUGGAAAUUAAUUUGUGCAAAGGCUCAACUUAUUAAAGAGGAGGCUGCUAUCUCUAUUUCGCCUGCUUCGAAAUUCUCUGUUUUAUGGGAUCCUUGGCUGUUUGAGGAUUCUUUAUGCAAUACUUUUUACUGCAAUGAUAUGGCUGGUUUAAGGGUUAAAGAUAUCAUUUUAGAUGGGAUGUGGCAUUUACCUCUUUCUUGGCCGUCUGAUAUCACUGCUAAAAUUUGUAACAUUGGUAUUAUGGAUUCCACGGUUUGCUUGGGUUGGAAAGGGGAUUCUCAUCCUGUUUUUAAGACUUUUAUUAAUCAUUUCUAUAAGGAUUUAGAUAAUGUGGACUGGAGCAAAUACGUUUGGCAUCGCAGGCAUGCCAUCAGGUUUGCUUGUUAUUCUUGGAUGGCUUUAAUGGGAAAGCUUAAAACUACUGAUUUACUCAUCCAUAGGGGAAUUUCUGCCAAUCCCUCUUGCAGUUUUUGUUUGGGGAACAAUGAAUCUCAUAAUCAUUUGUUCUUCUCUUGUGAUUACACUUUUCUGGUUUUAUCUUUGAUGCUUCCAGAUGUUGGUUUCUUUUAUCUUAGACCCAAUCUUUUCCAAGUUUAUGAGUUUUUUUGGCGCAAACCGAAUUUUUCUGCCAAGGAAAAACAAUUUUGUUCUCUGGUCAUUUCGGCCACUGUCUACUUCAUUUGGCGAGAAAGGAAUCAAAGGAAAUUUUCCCAUACCUGUAGUAAUCCUGUUGCUGUUAAAGAGAUUAUUUGCAAUGCUAUCAAAAAGAAAUUUUUUUUUCUGGAAGGAUAA